AUGUCCGACCAUCACGACUCCCGGUCCGUCGGCUCUAACGCAAACUCCAGCAACAUGGAGCGAUCCGACUCGUCCUCGUCGUCCACUCCAUCCGACACCAACGAGCCCGCCCUCCAUCAGCCCGUCCCUACACGCCCGCCCCUCCACACUCGCAACAGCAGCGGCCCCAUGGUUGUGACGCGCGACAGCUUCGAUGUCGGCCCCGUCGAGUCUCAUUUUGGCCCGGAUGACGUCAGGGCCAUGAGCCCCCGCAGGACAAGCGAGGACAUUGACAAGAUGGGCAAGGCCGCCAGGGAAGAGCUGCACCGACACGCAAAAGCCCUGCAGGACUCCCUCCUGAACAUCUUCAACCGAAUCGAGGCCGUUCGCGAAGAACACGACAAGCUCGACAACAACAACAAGUUUCUGCAAAAGUACAUUGGCGACCUCAUGAGCACGAGCAAAAUCACCGCGUCCGGCAGCAGAGGCCGCAAAUGA